AACUCCACAUCUGCUGUUUUUGUUAGUUUUGAGUAGUUGGCCAAUCCAUUCAUCAAAAGUACCAACCCCUUUAAACCUCUAACCUACCAUUAGAGAGAGAGAGAGAGAGAACAUAUCAAUUUAAAUAAAAGGCUUGAAAAGAAGGAGGAAACUCCAAUGCCUUGCAUACUACUCAAAUAUACAUCCUAUUGCUGAAACACCCAUUUCAUCUCCCUCCCUCCAUCUCUCUCAAUGGAAGAGACCUCAAAAAUUCCAAUGGCGAAAACAGCCAAGAUUAUCAGAAAAUCUAUCUAUACUUUCCUUCAAAACUACCACUACUUCACCUCAACCGCCGUUCUCUUUGCUCUCCCUUUCUCGGCUUGCAUUCUCCUCUCACAAGCUUAUGUCCCCUUCUCCUCUGCAGCUCUCUUGCCAACCAUACACAAUCGCUUGAGCCUUCUCUUUGAUGCUGCAGGCUUCCCUCCUUCAGAAUUCUUCGCCAUUCUCAACCUCAAGCUUUCUCAAACAAUCUUUUCCUCCAUCCUUACACUUCCUUUCACCCUCACUUUCCUGCUCAUCACAAAAGCAGCUACAAUUCAAGCUCUCAAUCAAAACAAACCAGCUUUGGCACCGCCUUCGUUUUCAUCAGUAUUAACCCUUUACUGUCCACUCCUCCUCACCUACAUAUGCAACUCAUUUUUGAUCCUCGCGGCAAAUGCAACAGUCUUCUCUCUUCUCUUCCUUGCCUUCAACUUUCUUGAAGGAUUCAGCUUCUCUUCUCCCAACUUCCUUCUCUUCCUGUCAGCUGCAGGGGCUGUACUCUAUUCAAUUGUUCUGGCCAAUGCCUUCAUAAUAUGCAACUUGGCAUUGGUUUUAUCGGGUAUGGAACAUUGUGGGGGAUACAUGGCAAUCCUCAAGGCUUGUGUUCUCAUACGAGGAAGAGCCUCAACUGCACUGUCCCUGGCAUUGCCUGUCAAUUUGGCUCUGGCAGCUGUCGAAGCCUUGUUCCAAUACCGGGUUGUGAGAGCUUAUCAUUUUCCUGAAAAGCUUGGCUCAUCCUUGGCUUUGGAGGGGAUCCUCAUUGCUUACUUGUAUUCGAUUUUUAUUGUUCUUGAUACCGUUGUGAAUUACAUGUUCUGCAGAAGCUGUAAGACAGGUUCUUGGAUAGAGCAGGAAGGUAGGCAGUCUUACCGGAUUGAAUUUGCAGAGGAAGACAGUAAUUGUUAUAUUAGUAUUAAGACUAUGGAAGAACUUCCAUAAAUACAGGAUAGCUGGCUCAUUUAUUGAAUUUCACAGAGACAAGUCUACACAAUGUUUAUAUGCAAAAUUGAUUUCUGUUGCUUGUGGAAAAAGCAGGCAACAUACAGAACACAAAGACCCGCUUAGCAGGGAGACCUCAAGGAGGUGCAAAAAGUGAGAUUGAAAAUUGUACACCAUGUUAUUGAAUUUCUUCUCGCUAUAUUGUCCAAUUCAAUUUUCUGUUUUUUUUUCCCCUACUCCCUUUUUACCAUGUACAUUGGCAAUUUUUAAAGUGUGAAUGAUACAAAGGCUUUGUUAAUCUACU